GCCAUUUUCUUAAAGCCUCCUAAACACUGAUGGAAUUUUACAACCAACCUCCAAGUGCGUCGCUGGCCCGAGGUCCUGGCUCUGUCAGGUACCAGAGUUGAGAAGCAGCCAGUGACCACCAGGAAGCGCCUUACAGCUGCCAGAGGUCUCGAAGCACGUCAUGGCGUCGGGCGGAGUCAUCGGAGAGACCCUGGGUGGGCCUCGGGUACUGGUGGUGGGCGGCGGCAUCGCGGGGCUGGGUGCGGCUCAGAGGCUGUGCCGUAACCCUGCUGCCCCCAACCUGCGCAUCCUGGAAGCCACGGCCCGUUCCGGGGGCCGCAUCCGCUCGGAGCGUGGCUUUGGUGGUGUGGUGGAGGUGGGCGCACACUGGAUCCAUGGGCCUUCCCAGGGCAAUCCUGUCUUCCAGCUGGCUGCUGCCUUCGGGCUCCUGGGCGAGAAGGAGUUGUCGGAGGAGAACCAGUCGGUGGAUACUGGGGGCCACUUAGCCCUGCCCUCCAUGUGCUUCACCAGCUCUGGGACAAGGGUGAGCCUUGAGCUGGUGGCAGAGAUGGCCAGUCUGUUCUAUGGGCUGAUAGACCAGACCCGAGAGUUCCUGCAUGUGGCUGAGACCCCAGUGCCCAGUGUCGGGGAGUACCUCAAGAAGGAGAUCAGCCAGCAGGUGGCCCACUGGACAGAGGAUGAGGAGACCAAGAAGCUCAAGCUGGCCAUCCUGAACGCCUUCUUCAGUGUGGAGUGCUGCAUAAGUGGCACCCAUAGCAUGGAUCUGGUAGCUCUUGCCCCCUUUGGGGAGUACACUGUGCUGCCAGGGCUGGACUGCACCUUCUCUGGGGGCUACCAGGGACUCACAAACCACAUAAUGGGCUCCUUGCCAAAGGACGUGAUGGUUUUCAACAAGCCUGUGAAGACUAUUCACUGGAACGGGUCCUUCCAGGAGGCAGCAUUUCCAGGGGAGACCUUUCCUGUGCUGGUGGAGUGUGAUGAUGGUGGCCGCUUCCCAGCCCAUCAUGUCAUCGUCACUGUGCCCUUGGGUAGAGCUCACUUUUCUGGUUUUCUCAAAGAACAUCAGGACACCUUCUUUGAUCCACCACUGCCUGCUGAGAAGGUGGAAGCAAUCAGGAAAAUAGGCUUUGGGACCAACAACAAAGUCUUCCUCGAGUUUGAGAAACCCUUCUGGGAGCCACACUGCCAGUUCAUCCAGAUGGUGUGGGAGGACACAUCACCCCUGCAGGACACUGCCUCUGGGCUGCAGGACUCCUGGUUCAAGAAGCUCAUUGGGUUUUUGGUUCUACCUUCUUUCAAGUAUGUAUGUGUCCAGAGACUUUGAGGAAGCCUCAGGCCUACUUGCUAGGGCUCAGUUUGCAUGAGAUUCAGUUGUGUGUGUUCACGGACAUUUUUGAGGCUUUAAUGGAUAAUUGCUGUGGGCUGGACAUCCGCUUCAUGUGGACCUCGCAGGCAUGGAUCACUGCCUCUGUUAUCUCACUUACUCUUCAGCAGGUGUCUGUCACAACACAAGCCCACAAGAUGCUGGCUAUAGAUAACCUGGGCCUAGUAUCCUGCAGGGACAGAUGAAGGCUUAUUGUAUGGAGACUGUCAGUAUCUUUAGUGGCCUAGAAUGUGCUAGAGGAUUUGGAGGAAUAUUCAAUCCAUGGGAAAGUACUUAUUGGAAUUCUGUAGGAAGUUAUGGCUUGUAGAUAAAGAAGAAAUUUAAAAUAUGGAUUGGAUCACCAGGGGAGAAAGUACUUGAAUGCAAGAUGAUCCUAAAUAAUGGAGUCAAAGACCCAUGGGUGAAGGGCUCAGCUGAGUAGUCCAGCUGACCUACAAAGCAGCAUGUAUUGAUUGACCAGGGCUGGGGAUUGAACCCACAAGCUGCUAAUUCAGGAAAUACUCUAUGCAUGAUAUGUGGAUGAGGGACCUGACAAGGUCAGAACACAGCCAGUGUACUGUGGUCAGAUGGCAGAGAGAACUCUAUAUUCUGUUCAGAGAUGUGGCUGUGUUCUUAGCCUGAAAGGCAGACAGGGUGGAGGGAGCAGGAGCUGUGGCGUCAGAGCAGCACCCCCUCUGGGAGAAAAGGAUCCUGUUGUCUCAUUUCACUGAAGAGAAGACCAACUUUCCAGGAGUUUGGAAAUGGGCCAGGAUUGGAGCAGCCACUGGAACCAGUGACCAGUGGACCCAGCCACCUAUUCUAGGCUUGCCUCUGCAGCCUGAGUCUUGGUAUUUAGGAUAUGUUUAAGGACAGAGGCCCUGGGAAUACUAACCAGGAUGCUGUCUAUGGAAGGUCCGUGGUUCUCAAGUUUG